UUGUCCUUGUCAUGUAUGUUUAUGCACAGCUCAUUAGUUGCAGUGAAUGAAUCAACCCUCUCAAGCAUAGAUUGGUAUCUCUUUAUUACUGAAUACAUUCUUUUGCUCAAUUACAAUUAGAUUACAUGUGCUUCAUUCUGCUGCUAUUUUUGCAUCUCUCUUGUGUUCAGGAUUCAGCUCAAAAGUCCUUUCUCCUUUGGGGAGACCAAUUGAAUGUUUGAAUUGGCCAGUCAAGCUUUGAUCUGUUAUCCAAUAGAAGCAUCGCCAACGACUAAAUGGUCUAUUGAUAUAUGAGUCGCCGAUAAAACUCUUCAGCAAGUGGUGAGAGUUCGAUUCUCGGUUGAGGGCACAUUUCUGGGAGAUGUGAGCGGUGAUUAUGUGUGGGUGGUCACCCAGCACCUAUGUAUGUGCGGGUCCUAUCUCCACUUGCUCUACCAAGAUUUGUGCAUGUUCUAAUAGUUUACCAGGACUUCAAACUGUUUGUUCUUGUAAAAAAAAACGAAAAAAAAAAAAUAGAAGCAUCAGCAAGGCCAGCAAUGCUUCUGCCUUCCAAAUGGUCUUAUCUAUAUAAUAUUCAUACAAGACACUAAACUAUUUGUAUUGAACUUUGUCUUACACGGAAAACAACCAAAGCCAUCUAUCUAACAUUAUUUUUAUAUAUAUAUUUUUUUGUUUUGCUGAUGCAUGCAGCUUUGAUUUUUAAACUUGACAUCAAAAUAUCUGCAAAGAUAAUUUAAGCAAUAGCAUCCAAGUUUCAGUGAAGUUGCAGGUAUCUGCAUUCAAAAGUCACAAUUCCAUCAAAUUUCAUCAAUCUGUUUGAGAUGAGUCUCAAGGACCAGAAGACCACCAUAACAUGCAAAGCUGCAAUAUGUUGGGAACCUGAUAAGCCAUUAACAGUGGAGGAAAUCCAAGUUGAGCCUCCAAGUGUCUCUGAGGUUAGAGUCAAGAUGCUCUGUGCCAGCAUAUGCCACAGUGAUAUAAUAGCCUUGCAAGGCUUUCCAAUAGCAUUAUUUCCUCGAGUUCUCGGCCAUGAAGGCUUCGGUGUGAUAGAGAGUGUGGGUGAAGGUGUUGAAGGGCUUAAAGAAGGAGACAUUAUAAUCCCUGCAGUUAUAGGAGAGUGCAAGGAGUGUCCUAAUUGUAGGACAGGCAAGACUAACAUGUGCUAUAAGUUCCCUUUGUGUUUCACUGGUCUCAUGCUUGAUCAGACAACAAGAAUGUCUAUCAAAGGACAAAAGAUCUAUCACAUGUUCACUUGCUCAACAUUUUCAGAAUACACUGUUCUGAACUCAAAUUAUGUGGUUAAGGUUAAUCCGGCAAUCGAUCCCCGGCAUGCUAGUUUACUCUCUUGUGGCUUCUCCACCGGGUUUGGUGCUGUGUGGAAGGAGGCAAAAAUUGAACAAGGUUCAAGUGUCGCAAUUUUCGGCCUUGGAGGUGUCGGCAUGGGGGCUGUAGCCGGAGCUCGAAGUUUAGAAGCUGGUAGAAUUAUCGGAAUUGAUUUGAAUGAUUAUAAGAAAUCCAAGGCCGAGUUUUUCGGGAUGACUGAUUUUAUCAAUCCGAAGGAACUUGAUGGCAAGUCUAUUGCAGACAAGGUGAGGGAGAUGACUGAUGGACUUGGUGUUGAUUAUAGCUUUGAAUGCACUGGAGUUGAAUCUUUGCUCAAUGAAGCUCUUGAUGCUACUAAAAUGGGAAGUGGAGUUACUGUGUUUAUUGGAACUGUAGCUCAGAAACAUGUUCCAAUCCUUUACUGGACUUUGAUGGCUGGGAAAACUAUAAAAGGAUGUUUGAUGGGGGGCGUUAGAGCUCACUCUGAUCUUCCACAACUCUGCACCAAGUGUAUCAAUAAGGAGUUUGAUCUUGAUGGCAUGUUAACCCACCAAGUUGAUUUGAAUGAGAUCAAUCGUGCAUUUGAACUACUUAAGCAACCAGAUUGUCUCAAGGUGGUGGUGAACAUGGGUGGAAGUGAAAUGGGAGAGUAGAAGCAGUGUUUUACAUGAAUGUUCAUGUAAUGACCAAUAUUUGCCUUUUUAAUCUACUCCAUUAGCCAUUGUGAUGGUACAUGUAUUGCAUAUUUAUCUUUUUAUCAAGUGAGAUAAUGCAAAUA